GGUUAAGAGAGGUGGCACCAUAAGCAGUUUCCCUGAUUGUGUUCAAUAGCCAUUAAACUCAAUCAAUGUUGUGUCAUUUUGAAUCACCAGUUUACCCUUCUUGCUUUUGUUUGUUGCUUUCAUAUUUCUCAACUGUUGACCCUCCGAGUUUUAUUGUCCUUUAAUUUUAGCUUGUCUUUUUAUAUUAAUUUGAAGAAAUCAUGAGUCUCAAUUGGAUUCCUUUAGAAUCAAAUCCAGAUGUAUUGAACAGUUUUAUUGAAAACUUGGGCGUUACGACGGAUUGGAAGUUUGUCGAUGUUUACGGGUUUGAUGACGAAUCGAUACAAUUUAUCCCUAGUCCUACAGUCGUUUCUAUAAUCCUUUUGUAUCCUCUGAGUGAAGUCGAGGAUGGUAUCCCAGUCGGUGAUUCGUCGCCUGUCACUGAUAAGGACGUCUAUUUUAUGAAGCAAACUAUUGGAAAUGCUUGUGGUGCCAUGGCAAUAUUACAUGCUGUUGCUAAUAAUACCAACACGGUUACUUUCACUGAAGACUCUAGUCUUAAAAAGUUCAUCGAUAAAACAAAAGACUUGUCUCCUUACGAUAAAGCCGAUCUAUUGGUUAACUCUACUGAAAUCAACAAUACUCAUCAUGAUUGUGCCCAGACUGGUCAAACUGUUGCUCCAGAUCCCACCUCUCAUGUUGAUUGUCAUUUCAUUGCUUUAGUCCAAGUUAAUGGAGUUUUAUACGAGAUGGAUGGUCGCAAACAGGGCCCAGUCGCCCAUGGCCCAUCUAGUGCAGACACUUUCGUUAGUGAUGCAAUCAAAGUUUGCCGUAAAUAUGUUGAUAAGAACCCUCAAUGUCUUAGAUUCACUGCCGUUGCUCUAUGUAAAGACCCUUUCUAACCAUUUGAACAGUCACCUUGUUAUCCUACCAUGGUCAACCAAUCAACCAAUCAAUUUUUCAUUGUCAAAUUUUGUUUUGCCGGGAUUUGUUUUAAACGAGAUUAAUUUGAAGCAAAGUCUGUCAAAACAUUAUUUUCUUAUUGUGUAAUACAUUGUGUAAUUUUACAUUAAAAUCAAAAUCAAUUUCAGUAGA